AUGAAGUUUGACUUUACAGACCAUUCGCAUCGCCGAUACAACCCUUUGAAUGAUACGUGGGUGCUGUGUUCUCCUCAUCGUGCAAAACGACCCUGGCAAGGCGAACAAGAAGAUUUAAGGAAAAACGAGCUACAAAGCUAUGAUCCCAAGUGUUAUUUAUGCCCAGGGAAUGAUCGAGCAAUGGGAGCCAAAAAUCCCGAUUAUACAACAACCUACGUCUUUCGCAACGACUAUCCAGCUGUCAAAAUGGAUCAACCCGAUUAUGUGGAAGAAGAAUCCCAUAUGGAAGAAAAGAAAGUCUCCUUGAAGUCCCGGUUGUUAAAAACUAAAGGUGUCAAGGGCGAUUGCUUUGUCAUUUGCUUUAGCCCCAAUCAUAGUUUAACGCUUCCUCGCAUGGAAAUAAAUUCUAUUAUUUAUGUUUUGGAAACUUGGAAGCAGCUUUGCUUUCAGUUGAAAACAGUGCCUUCUCAAGACGUGCACUAUAAAUACAUUGAGUUUUUUGAAAACAAAGGGUCCGCUAUGGGCUGCUCAAAUCCUCAUCCACAUGGCCAGGCCUGGGGUUUGGAUUCUAUUCCGACAAAUGUUAGCGAAGAAAUAAAAAAUAUGACAAAGUAUAUAGAGUCCUACGGUACGCACUUGCUUGGCGACUAUGUCAAACUCGAAAUGGAAGAAAGACAAAGAAUUGUCCUUGAAAAUGAUUCUUUCAUUGCACUAGUCCCUUAUUGGGCUUUAUGGCCUUUUGAAACUUUGUUAAUUUCAAAAGAACAUUUGCAUUCGUUGAUGGAUUUUAAAGAAAAGCAUGUUCAAGAUUUGGCUAUUAUCAUGAAACAAUUAACUACAAAGUACGAUAAUUUGUUUUGUACAAGCUUUCCCUAUUCAAUGGGAGUUCAUCAAGCUCCUCUUUACGGCUCCCAAGAUGAGUGCAACAACUCUUGGUUUCAUAUGCACUUUUACCCUCCGUUGCUGAGAUCUGCUUCAGUAAAAAAGUUUUGUGUCGGCUUUGAAAUGUUAGGCGAAGCCCAAAGAGACCUGACUAGUGAACAAGCCGCUGCACGUUUGCAGGCACUCGAUUGUGAAAAGCAUUACCUUGAUACCCUGGGCUAA